AAGGCUUGGGUAAUAACAGUGAGUGUCCCAUAUGCUUGAAUGCCUUCUGGGACUAACAGACCUUUCCAGCUGGGUUUCAUGACAUUCUUUCUUCCCCUGGUGCAUUGCCUUCCGGUUGGUACCCUAGAGACCUCAGGACAGCACAUCCGGCUUCGAGUCAUCAAGAAGAAAAAGGUCAUUGUCAAGAAGAGAAAGAAGCUAAGGCAGCCCAGUCCUUCAGUGACUUCCAGGCCUUUGGUGACCACUAGCCCAGGAAAGACCCUCACUCUCCCUGAGAAACAAGAACCAGGGUGCCCCCCUCUAGGCCUAGAGUCCUUGCGGGUUUCAGAUAGCCAGCUCGAGGCCUCCAGCAGCCAGUCUUUUGGUCUUGGACCACACCGAGGACGGCUCAACAUCCAGUCAGGUCUGGAAGACGGUGAUCUGUAUGAUGGGGCUUGGUGUGCUGAGCAACAAGACACCGAGCCUUGGCUUCAGGUGGAUGCUAAGAAUCCUGUCCGCUUCUCAGGGAUUGUUACACAGGGCAGAAAUUCUGUGUGGAGGUAUGACUGGGUCACAUCCUAUAAGGUCCAGUUCAGCAAUGACAGUCAGACCUGGUGGAAGAGUAGGAAUCACAGCAGUGGGAUGGACAUGGUAUUUCCUGCCAAUUCAGACCCAGAGACCCCGGUGUUGAACCUCCUGCCAGAGCCUCAGGUGGCUCGCUUCAUUCGCCUGCUGCCUCAGACCUGGUUCCAGAGAGGUGCACCUUGCCUCCGGGCAGAGAUCCUAGCCUGUCCGGUCUCAGAUCCUAAUGACCUGUUUCCUGAGGCCCACACACUGGGAUCUGCUGACUCUCUGGACUUCCGGCAUCACAAUUAUAAGGCUAUGAGGAAGCUGAUGAAACAGGUGAAUGAACAAUGCCCCAACAUCACCCGUAUCUACAGCAUCGGGAAGAGCCACCAGGGUCUGAAGCUGUAUGUGAUGGAGAUGUCAGACCAGCCUGGGGAGCAUGAGCUGGGAGAGCCUGAGGUCCGCUAUGUGGCUGGCAUGCAUGGGAAUGAGGCCCUGGGGCGGGAGUUACUUCUGCUUUUGAUGCAGUUCUUAUGUCAAGAGUUCCUGCGAGGGGACCCACGAGUGACGCGGUUGCUUACUGAGACACGUAUUCACCUAUUGCCCUCCAUGAAUCCUGAUGGCUAUGAGACUGCCUACCACAGGGGCUCAGAGCUGGUGGGCUGGGCAGAGGGUCGCUGGACCCACCAGGGCAUUGACCUUAACCACAAUUUUGCUGACCUCAACACACCACUGUGGUAUGCAGAAGAUGAUGGGCUGGUACCCCACACUGUCCCCAACCAUCACCUGCCACUGCCUAAUUACUAUACACUGCCUAAUGCCACUGUGGCUCCUGAAACAUGGGCAGUGAUCAAAUGGAUGAAACGCAUUCCGUUUGUGCUAAGUGCCAACCUCCAUGGGGGUGAACUUGUGGUGUCCUACCCUUUCGACAUGACACGGACCCCGUGGGCUGCUCGUGAACUCACCCCCACACCGGAUGAUGCUGUCUUUCGCUGGCUUAGCACUGUCUAUGCUGGCACUAAUAGGGUCAUGCAAGACACGGAUCGCCGACCUUGUCAUAGCCAGGACUUCUCCUUGCAUGGCAAUGUCAUUAAUGGAGCCGACUGGCACACAGUUCCUGGGAGCAUGAACGACUUCAGCUACCUACACACCAAUUGCUUUGAAGUCACUGUGGAGCUGUCCUGUGACAAGUUCCCUCAUGAAAAGGAGUUGCCUCAGGAGUGGGAAAACAACAAAGAUGCCCUUCUCACUUACCUGGAGCAGGUGCGCAUGGGCAUUGCAGGAGUUGUACGGGACAAAGACACAGAGCUGGGGAUUGCAGAUGCUGUCAUUGCUGUGGAAGGCAUUAACCACGAUGUUACAACAGCCUGGGGUGGAGAUUAUUGGCGGCUGCUGACUCCUGGGGACUACGUGGUGGCAGCCAGCGCUGAGGGCUACCAUACAGUCAAACAACAUUGCCGGGUCACCUUUGAGGAGGGCCCUGUUCCCUGCAAUUUCUUACUCACCAAGACUCCCAAGCAGAGGCUUCGAGAGCUGCUGGCAGCAGGGGCUAAGGUACCCCCAGACCUUCGGAGGAAGCUAGAGCGGCUGAGGGGACAGAAGAAUUAAUGCCUUCAGCUGAAAGAGACAUCCUUGGACAGGCUGGACCUGUCUAGAACUGAGAGAGGAGUAGGAGGAGGGGAGAAAGGAGAGGAGGGUGGGACAGGGUAGAAAAAGAGGCGCUCUGCUUUAUUAAAGCUUCCCGGUGCCUGAUA